GUUGUUAUUGAUUUCAUCGGUCUUGUUGUUGCACACAUGCUGUUUCAGUUCUUCUAAGAAAUUUCCUUUUUUUCUUCUAUUUGAUAUCCACAGCAAUAGAAAUAGGAAAGCAAAUACAAAUCUGAAUUUCCUGAAAAACAAAAAGUUCCUAACACUCUCAGGAAUUGCGUUUUCAGAGUAUUAUUAAUAAUAACUAAGCUUAAGGGUUUCAGAAAUUUUCGCUCGUCCUGUUUUCUUUCUUUUAUGUGGGGUUUUGUUUUAUUUUGUUCCUUCUGGUGUUUACUAGUUGUCUAAUCAAGAGUCUGAAAGAAGAAGAAGAAGACGACGAUGAUGCAGUACCUAAUUCCAGAACCGAAAACAAAAGAGAUAGUGUUUGAGAAAGCGUUACCAUCUGAUGGUGCUUCUACUCUAACAGAAGUUAAAAAGUUAAGCGCUAAGCGUAAAGCGAUCGAGGAAUCUGUUAACAGAACCAGCAAUCUCACUGAUGCCAUUGCAAAAGAGAAAAACAGAGCACUAACCUCUGUUUGUGAGCAAGAUCUCCAAAAACUUGGACAAUACCUUCCAUUACUCUUCAACUUGGUGCAUUACGCUGAUAAGCUUCAAAGAGGGGUUUCAGGUCUCAAGAUAAGAUGGAGCAGUGGAUUGAUCUCGCAGACCUUGAUUCAGCGUAAAUGUCCGAAAUUCUUCCAAGUCGAUAACAUAAUGUUCGAGCUUGGAAUGGUACUUUUCCUUUACGCAGUUAAGCUCAGGGAGAGAGCGAUGGAGUUAGCAUCCUCAGAUAUUAAGACAUCGGUAAAACUUUACCGAGAAGCAUCUGGAGCUUUCCAUCAUCUGUCUCAUGAGCUUCUUCCUUCUUUACAACCUUUGUUGCCUCCAGGGAAGCUCCCUGAGCUAACUCCUCCGCUUUGCACCUCCUUGAGCCUCCUCUGUUUAGCUGAAGGUCAGGCUGUAACUACGAAGAACGCUGAAGAAAGCGGAAAAAGCGCAAGCCUAUUGUCGAAACUGCAUUACGGUGUUACACAAAUGCUUUCUGAAGUAUGUGCUAAUUUGUCAUCUAGAGCCAAUGGAGAAUGUAAAGACUUAUCGUCACGCUUUCUCGAAUAUGUUGCAACAAUGAGAGCUUUACACGAGCUAAAGAGCCAAAAACACUUUGCUGAAGUGCUGGAAUCCGAAGAGAGAGUAGGUGAAGCGAUUGGGGUUCUCCGGCGUGCAUUAGCAGCGGCGAAGAAGAGUAAGCCAUCGAAAGAAGACUCAUGGAUAUCGAUAUUCAAGAAAGAGAGAGAGGACGUAACCAAGAUUUUGGCUAAGUAUGAGAAGCUAAACGAGGUCAUAAUACUACAGAAGAUACCUGUAGAAACAGAGUUGCCUUUUCCAAAAGGUGAAAAGAUUGUUAAUCUCAUUCCUUACACUCCCACAAGAUUGGAACAACAGCUUCGAUUUAAGUUAUAG